AUGGCGGCUUCCAGUAGAUCAUCAUCGUAUUACGAUGAUAUGAGCAACGAGCUCUAUUCUUCGAGUUUUGAUGACUAUCAAAAUGAUAUCAAUGAGUCUCUAGACUUUAAUCAUGUCUCAUCUACGGACUUCUACCUCGGCCCUGAAAUGUUAUUGAUUUCUCAGAUGCUUGGAGAACAACCAUAUUCAUCCCAGCAUGAGUUUGUCGGUAUCACAUCAAAUUACGAAUCAUUUCAACGUUUGCAACCUAGCUCUGGGUCAACCAGUACUGAAGCCGACGGCCAAGAGCAGUUUUUGCCCAGAUCACUUGGUGGAAUUUACGGACAAAUGACCACAGAGUAUCGUGAAGUCUCAGAAGAAUCGCUAAAUCAAUACCCAAUCGAAGAGAAGUAUUGUGAAGAUGAUAACGGUGAAAAUAUAGAGUAUUCCCGCAAGAAACGGAGACCUUCUCAAAAUGAACAGGCACGAGCACCAAAUACACCACAAUCGAAUGUGUUCAAGCUAGAUUUAAGGACUCCAUCAAUUUCCUGGGCAGGAUCGCAACCCAUAGCAUCACAAGAAUCUUUGAGCUCGGUUUUCGAGGUCAAUAUGAGUCAGCAACCGAAGCGCAAAGCUCGGAGUGCCUUUACACCACAAGGGAAGAAGAAAGUGGAAGCGGUGAGAAGCGUUGGUGCUUGCAUUCAAUGCAAAUUCAGAAAACGAACUUGCGGGACAAAUGAGCCUUGUAUGUUAUGCACUCGACGUGCUAGUAGUUUGGAGUCUGCGGCAUCUUUAUGUACAAGAGAAUCUCCAUUUGUUGAACUCUCAAUAAGUGAAUUCUACUCUAGCAAACUACUCCCACUGAUAACAGAUUUCGAUGUUGAUUUCUCAAGCGUAGAAGGUCAACAGAAAACUAUCAAGAUUGACGGAAAAGGCCCUGCCUCUUUCCCUUUGUAUCUCGAUGUUAUCGAGAUACAAUCGUCGUUCUUAGCUGAGAAUUUACUAAAAGAAGUUCGUCGAAUGACUAGGCUUAAUACCAGAGUUCCGGAUCAGUCAGAUAUCAUAACUGUUCUCAAUCAGAGACUCUUCUCAUCUAAAGAGCUCGAAGAAUGGGUCAUGAAUUACACUGAUGGGAACAAAAUUGACAACGUUAAUUCCACCUCUUUUCUGUUCGGAGUUGUGUAUGUUAAGGAAAAGCUGCCUCAUGCAGAUCUAGUAGAGAAUACAACCAAGCUCAUAGCAUUUAGCUACAUGCUCUGCAAAGGAUUGAGAAUUACAACGCCUACAAGCCAGCAAGAUGAGGCUGCUCGAUAUCCCGUACUACGAGCACAGCUCGAGACAAAACUCUUUAAUCUUCUCCGCCACAUCGAAAAGCUUGUUUACGAUGAACUUCAACGUCUAGUCUUCAAAGCCUCUGGACAAUUACCGAAGGACGCGGUUGUUCCUGUGGCACUAGUACUCUGGUUACUUACCCGAUUGCAAAGUUUGAAAGCGAGCCAUGUCAUAAGUUUGAGUGAGCAGAACAGUUCUCGAUCCUCGGGAACGUCAUCAACGGCUGCAUCUCGUCAAAAACACGUUCUUAACCUCCUCAUAAGCGUUUUCACCGCCCUGUUUAGAUCGUCAUUCCCAUUACUCAUGAAUUUUGAAGACAAAUGCAACAGAGACCUACUGGGGGGAAAUGAGGAUUUAAUACAACUAUCCAAGAAACUGAGGAGAGAUCUGAUAGCGUUUAAAAGAAGCGGCCAUUUAAAAGCUUCGACUUGGAACCAAGGGUUCUUGGAAGAGCAAGUGGGUAGAUUGAAAGACUUAUUGACGGGGUAG